CUUGGUCACCCCACCAUAUCAGCCUCAAGCACACUAAAGUUCACGGCUGUCGGAAUCUCUUGCGACCAGAAUUCAUACCGAAAAGCCUUGUAAUGGUCUUCGCCAAAAAUCUUCUUGGUCCUUCACACCUACAGUUUGCAUCCCUUCUCAUAUCUCGACCUUUUUUUCUUGCCGAGGGCCAUGCUUCCCACCCUAGCGCUUCUUGAAGCAAUUCUUCCGACCCAAAACCCCUUGCCUCAUAAUCUCUAUACCUUGACAAUGGCAUAGUAGCAUCGUGAAAGAUGAUAGAAAUGCUUGCCCUUCCGUUGUCCUCUCUGUUCCUGGGGCAUCCCAUGUUCGCCGUCUAAAUUUGCCUUCCGCGAUGCAAUGACCUUCCGCACCUGACAUCCAUCUCUUUCCCCCCCUCAAGAGUCUUCCCUUCGUUCAUUCCCGCCGUUGGUACAGGCUGAUCCUGUCUUGUCUCAUUCCCCGUUUCUUUUCAUUUUGUCCUUCUUUUGGGUCGUUUUCACUCCCUGUCAAUUUACGCCAUCUGGCUUUGAGGUUAAGGAACGUGCUGUGUUGAUUGUCUGCUGGUCAUCGACUCGAAAAGUAGUGGGAUUGCCAUCCAAGGCUUCUCGCCACCCAUAUUGUUGGACCGCGCUCGCUUCAUCAUCUCAAGAAGAUCAUCUUUGGCAAGUCCGGUCGUUACCUACACCUACACAGGUACUUACCUACUACCACAAUCCAUGUCGGGUUGAUCCCACAUCGACACUCAUAUCCAACGGCUGGUCUGUUGCUUUAAUUUUCGAACCUUCUCGACCUUGAACUUCGCGCUAUUUCUAAAAGGGGAUCGACCGCCAAAGAAGGACUUGUGCGCCCGCUGGGGUACACAUCAACACCACAAUGAGCAAACAUUAUGUGCGACUAUUGGUACUGAUCUUGAGCUACCUGUCACUGGUACAGGCUGCCGAAUACGACAGAGAAGGGAUUGCUGGACGAAGGCUAGCGAAGACCGGGCACAAACAUAAAGGACAGAGAGGGCGGAAAGGAAAGGCCGGGGGGCAAUUGCAAGGAUCGGUUUUGAUUGUUACAGAGACUGUCAAAGAGACGGUGACGGCGGGCAGUGGUGUGGGCAGUGGUGCUGGCAUUAACUCGCAGGGAUCGGUUUUGAUAGUUACAGAGACUAUCAAAGAGACGGUGACGGCGGGCAGAGGCGCUGGCGUCAAUGGAACGAUCGCGGCCGGGACCGUGACGGAGACGGUCACCGUGACCCAAAAUGGAGCUGCUGGGGCACUACCUGGCACUGGGAACUUGCAGCUCUCUUUCGUGACAACAACAGUUUUCGGCACCGGCUCGCCUUCAACCGUCACCAUCACAGCUUUGCCCCAGACUGUCACCCAGACGGUAGUCCAAACCAUCACCCAAAUGCAGGUCAUCGCCUCAACCGUCACCCAGAUCCAGUCGGUACCAGCAGCAUCUUCUUCCAGUCAAGUACCAGGAGUGGUUGCGGGAGCACCUGCCAACGACGGACUACCGCACGCCAGCGGUGGAGUGGGAGUGACGACGAUUUCGAUCCCAGCUGCUUUACACACUUCGACUUUGGAGGUGCCCCCGGCUGCUACUGCUCCUUCGACCUCAAUCUCGGUGCCCUCAGCUGACGCAACCUCCACGACGAGCGCUGCAGCAACAACUAGCAGCACAUCAUCCUCUGCCUUGGGGCUCUCUACCACUUCAACCACCGUGGAGGCCAUCACCACAUCCACAACCGACCUCGCCACCAGCACAUCAACCAGCGCCCCCGCCGUAGCCAUAACUUCAACAGUCUCUGUGAAAGCCCCUUCCUCGACCUCGACCUCAACCUCAACCUCAACCUCGAGCACCACCGUCGCCGUAGGAGCAGGAGCUGAGCCGACCUCGGUCCUUGUCCUCCCAGUCGUUUCAGCAGCCAAGCCGACAACCACCGCAGUGAUGCCGAUGCCGGGUGUUGCGAAUGGAGGGAUUCAGUUGUCUCUUGAUGUGUCGGGGCUGAGUCUGACGAACGUGUUGAAUUUGGGGAAUUUGGUGCCGCCUACGGCUGCUGCGCGGCCGUGAGCGGGGGAGUGAAGAUGUUGAUGGAAUGCUAGAAGGAAGUCAGUUCUGAUAGGAGAGGAAGGGGGAGGUGUUUUAUUUGGCUGUGAAAAAUCCGCGUGUUGACGUUUUCUUUCGGUGGCUCUUUCAGUUCGAUAUUCAUCCGGUUGUGUUGAGAGUUGAGAGUUGUUUAUAACCGUGCAGCGAGUGUUGUUGCCGCUAACAACUGAUAUAAUGUAUAUAAAUCUUCGUUUCUCCCGUCAAAGACCGCCAUUGUCCUCGGCGCUAGAUGGGCACGUUAAACCAGUCAAGUUUAGAGACGCUUGAUGUUGAACUUUACCAGAGUGCCCCGUUGAGGUUGUUACUCCUGUAACCAAACUGACAUGUUCAAUGGCGUGAUAUUGUUGACAAACCAAAACUCCUGAAACCCAUCACAGCCCGCACGCCCUUGUUAUAGUUCCCAUUUUUCGCUCUAAAUAGAUGGGUAUCGUGAAAUGCUCGUCAGACGUGAUGACAUGCUGCGUGAACAAGAUAGAAAGGAAAAAAAACAGCCUAACGCCCUGUCACCUUAGCGCCCCCCGAUAAAGCAGCAGUCAAGUCAUACCCAGACUACUGACGAGGCUGGCCUCCAAUAACACUCGUUCCUCGACUACUUCGCCUGUUUCUUUUGCUGCCCACCACCAUCCGUACCGCCACCACCACUCUCUCCAUUCUUGCGCUUUUGGCCUUGGCCUUGCUGCCCUCCCUGCUUCUGCCCCUGUUGCUGCUGCUGUUGUUUCUGCCCUGGCUGUUGUUUCUGCCCUUGCUGUUGUUUCUGCCCUUGCUGUUGUUUCUGCCCUUGCUGCUGUUUCUGCUGCAACUUCCUCUGCUUCUUACUCAACUUCGCAUCUCCCUCCGCUCCCCCCUCCUCCUCCUCGCUCCUCACUUUACCCCCAGGAGCAGUCUGCACGAUAUCCACCACCCCUCUGAAACCCCUCCUCUUAACACCCUCAUUGACCACCACCGCCCUCGGUACUGUCCCCAGCGCCUCCGUCCCCUUCUCCGGUCCCAACCCCCACACAGCCAACAGGUUGACCACGUCUGCGGGGCCCCUGAGCCCUAAUGCGCUCUUGGCCUCGCUCGAAACGAUGAUCCCGCGGCCCUUGGUCGCCCGAAGCAAGCCCAAAACAUUGCCGAUGAAAUUGCUCCUCGCCCGCUGGGCGUCCACAGUGUUACCUGACGAAAACGCCUGGCUGUAGCAGAUCUCGAAGCGCGUGCCGCGGUGCACGGCCGCCAUGGCGGUGCGGUGGUGGAUGUGGAAGCCCAGAAACUGGGUCAGGUCAAGGCUGAUAAUGGCUGGCGGCUCCGUGGUGCUCAGGCACGCCCAGCUGAAGGCCUUGUCGUUUGUCGGGCGAAGGGCCAGCAGGUCAUAGGAACGGGCGAAGUCGACGAGGCGGUAGUUGGUUGUCGAGGGAUCGGUGACGGUUAG